GUGUCGCAGAAGGCUUCUUCCCAGGGUUGUAAUCGACUGAUUUCAAGCGGGAGCCAAUCAAAAUCAAUCGAACUUUUGUUUUGUUUAAAGCCUUGAGGUCGUUGCUCGGUCGCUCACGUUGGGUCUACUUAUCCUUCCCGAUUAAUUACGAAUAUCUUGCCUCUCUGGUCACCUUUCUACUCGAUUGGUCCAUGGCUUCCUUCAUCCGCCAAUUCACCUCCUCCGUGGCGCCUAUGCCGUCUUCGACCUCACUCGUUGAUAUUCCCAUCCCAUCCUUCAUUAUUUCCAGUACAAAGUCCGCAACUUGGUUUUACACCACUGCUGCUGUACUCGGUGGUCUUCUAGUGCUUGAGCAGUCUGUUUACAGAUACAAGAAAAAGCACUUGCCAGGUGCAGCAUGGACAAUACCGAUCAUCGGCAAAUUCGCAGACUCCAUGAAGCCUACUAUGGAGGGUUACAUGAAUCAGUGGAACUCCGGCGCGUUGAGCGCUGUAAGCGUGUUUAACAUUUUCAUCGUAAUGGCUUCCUCCAAUGAGUAUGCACGCAAAAUCAUGAAUUCUCCUGGCCACGCUGAGCCUUGCCUUGUGCACUCAGCGAAGCAAAUUCUCAUGCCUGACAAUUGGGUGUUCCUCACCGGCAAAUCUCACGUCGAAUACCGUAAAGUUUUGAACACUCUUUUUACCCGCAAGGCUCUCAGUAUCUACAUUGGCAUCCAGGACGCGAUUGCUCGCCAACACUUCGCCCAAUGGCUUGUAGACGCGAAGAAAGACCCAUCACCCCAGUCUAUUAUGAUGACCGCGCGCAACCUCAACAUGCUCACUUCCCUUCGUGUUUUCUGCGGCAAUCACAUCCCCGAGCAAGGCGCUGUUGACAUAAGCGAGAAGUACUGGGACAUCACGCAGGCUCUCGAACUUGUCAACUUCCCUUUGGCUUUCCCUGGUACAAAAGUAUACAGAGCUAUCCAAGCACGUAAGGUUGCCAUCAAGUGGCUGGAACUUGCCGCGUCCAAGGCAAAAACCGCCAUCGCCAAUGGCUGCGAGCCUGAAUGCAUGCUUGAUGAGUGGGUCAAGGAGUUGGCAGCCCCAGGAUACAAGGGCCGUAAGGAUUUCAGCGACCGCGAAAUGGCCAUGGUCGUCUUCUCCUUCUUGUUUGCGUCGCAGGAUGCCAUGAGUAGCGGCUUGAUUUACGGGUUCCAGCACUUGGCAGACCACCCUGACAUCUUGGCCAAAAUCAGGGAGGAACAGUACCGCGUUCGCGCUGGCGACGUCGACAAACCUAUUACCCUUGAAAUGCUCGAUGAAAUGCCAUACUUGAAGGCGUUUGUCAAGGAGAGCAUGCGUGUCAAGCCUCCCGUGACUAUGGUUCCUUACAAGACGACCAAGGCUUUCCCUAUCGCUGCUGAUUACACUGUUCCUGCAAAUAGCAUGGUCAUACCCUCAUUUUACAACUCUCUCCAUGACCCCGCUGUUUUCCCUGAGCACGACAAGCUUCUCCCUGAGCGUUGGCUCGAUCCCAACAGCUCCGCCAACACGAACCCGAAGAACUACAUGGUUUUUGGCACCGGUCCCCACAAAUGUGUCGGCAUAGAAUACGCGACGAUGAACAUCGGGCUGGUUCUUGCUAACGCGAGCGUGUUGAUGAACUGGGAGCAUCAACUCACGCCUGAGAGCGACAAAGUCCAGAUCAUUGCGACGUUGUUCCCUAAAGACGGAUGUCUCUUGAAGUUUACCCCUCGUCCACGACCUUGAUGUAUUGUUUACUCAGCAUAUGGAUUUUGUUUCGUUCAUACAUUAUACCCUUCAAGACUUUCACUUAAUUCGCUUAGAUGAUAUCAUGAUUCUUGCGCUGCAAUCAAAGCAUUCUUGGCCAGAUGGCAUCAUUGGAAUCG